AUGUCGUAUUACGAGGGCCAAGAAGCUACUGGCUUUGUCGAGGGACAAGACUACGAUUACAGCAACUACGAUUAUGGGGGCGCGUAUCCAGAAGGGGGCGAUGGUGGAGAUGGAGGAGGGGACUACGCGGGCCAAUCAGAUUGGGCAAACGGCAGUGGAGGCGAGUACUACGAUGAGAAUCAAUCUGCCUACGUCGAUGGCAACGGCGAGUACUACGAUGAGAAUGGAGGCUACUACGACGAGAAUGGGAACUACGUUUAUCCUUCUUACGCCGAGGGUGAAGAUGGAGCGACCAACUAUGAGAAUGGAGAUUAUCAGAGUGAUGGGAGAGGCGUGGACGUCGGCUACACAGCAUCUGCCCCCUCACCACCAACCACUUCGUCGUCUCUGUCUUCGUCUUCCUCACAAGAGGGCGGCAUGCCGCGGUCGGCUUCCUCACACAUGCUAGCGCAACUUGCAAGCGAGUUUGCGUUGGACUCAGCUUCUUCUUCGCCUUCUUCUUCGCUCUACCUGCCCGCUCCCGUCUCUACCGAAGCCACAACUGCCAAGGCCAAGCCGCCCCCGCCCCGGCUGCGCAAUGGCGAGAUACCGCCCUACUACGACGACGAGGAGACCGGCUACCAGUACUACCUCGACGACGACGGCAACACACAGUGGGAUCUGGUCGGCUACUACGAGUACGACGGGGAGUACGUCUACUAUGAAGAUGUCGAAACCGAAAUGAACACGCGCGCCAUUGAGGAGGAGCUGGAGAACUACCAACACCAAUACAACGACGACGAGAAGACCGACAAGGAAACGGAGGAGGAGCGAAAAGUACGUCACAGGGCGGCAGUGAGCAAGGAGAUCAUCGAGACCGAAAAGAGCUAUGUGGAGAGCUUGGACAUUCUCGUCAAGAAAUAUAUGGGACCCCUGGUGGCCAGCGGAGUGUUGGACAAGGACGAGAGAGCCACCAUCUUCUCCAACAUUCCUUCUCUGCUCUCAAUCAAUAACGCCCUGCUGCGGGACUUGAUGCUUGUGGAUGAGACCACCAAGGUGACACCAUCAGGCAAAUCCUUUGCCGAUGUCUGGCUUUCCACGGUCGAGUAUUUCAAAAUGUACAGCGUUUAUUGUACCAACUACCCCAAUGCCCUCAAGUUUACGCAAACGAUGCAGAAACAGAAGCCUCAAUUCCAGAACUUCUGUCGGGAGCUGAAAAAUUCCUCGGCCUCCAAGCUGGACCUGACCGACUACCUCAUCAAACCGGAGCUGAUCAGGAACACAGACACGGAGGAGAACCCGAAGGAGUACGCCAAGUUGCUCGAGAUUGAGAAGCGGCUGCAGCAGGUGGCUGGCCAUGUAAAUGAAGCGAAGCGAAUGGCGGAGAGUCUGCAAAGCGUGGUGGAGAUAGCUUCGUUGCUCACCGAUCUGCCGCCCACGUUCACGCUCGUGGAGGCCAACCGGAGGUUCCUGUUCCGAGGCACCUACUCUGCACAGGUUCGUCCGCGCAUGCUCAGCAAGCAGCUCAAGUUUGUGGCUAUGCUUUGGAUUCGCUCGAUCAUCGUGCGAGAUCCCGGCGACACGAGGCUCGAGCUGGAGGACGAAGGGGUGUGUCUCCUGAUCGAUUUCAAGGAAGCACUCGAGAAGGAGAAGUGGCGCUCAGAGAUCGAGGAUGAGAUCAACAAGGCACUCAAGUCCCGACCGAAACGACGACAGAGGCCGGGCGAGCUUCAGCGGGAACAGUCCCUGUUCAUCAACAAGGACAACCUCAGCAGCGAGCAGAUGUCAUCGCCGCGAUCGGGUGAUGACCAAGAGGGCGACGGUGACGGCGAAGGGCAGGGCAGCUCCAUUAACUCGUACGAUACCAUCCACCGACUAAUCGAGCACGAGGAGGAGCGCAAGCGCGAGCUCGAUCGCCGCCUGCUGGAGCUCGACGCCCGCGAGAAGGAGAGCCGCGAGCGACUGUCCGCUGUCCGAGCGCGCAACGCCGAUCUCGAGCGCGAGAUCGCCGAGUGGCAGGCCAAGGUGCAGAGUCUCGAGGGCAGCAGCGCCAGCGCUGGCCUGGGCUCGUCAGCCGGUGGAGAAGACCUCGGCUCCCGUUCGAGCCGCGGUCCCCUGCCUGCGGGCUUCGCGACAAUGCGGAAGCCAGCACCAGGUGCCAGCACGGCGCCCGACCCCAAUUUUCCCAAGGGUCCCUUCAACAAACGGAACUCAGUGCUCCACAGCUGA